AUGUCUCUCAACGUGCCCGAUGCCCCCAAUGCGGGCCUCUUCAAGGGCGGUUAUAACAACUACGAUUCCGAAGAUGGAGCCGUCCUCCGCAACAUCGACGCUUGCCGCGCCAUAUCCUCCACCGUCCAGACCUCUCUUGGCCCAUAUGGCCGGAAUAAGAUCGUCGUCAACCAUCUCCAGAAGAUGAUCCUAACCUCCGACGCCGCCACCAUCCUCCGCGAGCUCGAUGUCGUCCACCCCUGCGCCAAGCUCCUUGUCAUGGCCAGCCAGCAACAAGAAGCAGAGAUGGGAGACGCUACGAAUUUCGUCAUGGUGUUUGCCGGUGAACUUCUGAAGAAGGCCGAAGAGCUCCUACGCAUGGGUCUCAAGACUGCGGAUAUCGUAAGCGGUUACGAGCAGGCGCAGAAGCAUGCCCUCGAAGCGCUAGAGGAGCUUGUGGUUGACAAGGUCGAGGACAUCCGCUCGGAAGAAGAGCUUGCUAAGGCUAUCAGGACAGUCAUUGCGAGCAAGCAGAGCGGGAGCGAAGACAUUCUUGCCGAUCUAGUCUCCCACGCUAUUCUCGCCGUGCUACCAAAGAACCCAGCGAACUUUAACGUUGACAAUAUCCGAGUCGUGAAGAUUAUGGGUGGAAGUCUAGAACAGAGCCGACUGGUCAGGGGUAUGGUAUUCCCCAAGGAGCCUAACGGCUCGGUUAAGAAGGCGAAGCGAGCCAAGGUUGGUGUGUUCACGUGUCCCAUCGACAUUGGCCAAACGGAGACGAAGGGAACCGUUCUGCUCAAGAACGCCAAGGAGAUGCUCGACUUCUCCAAGGGCGAGGAGAAGCAACUGGAGGCCGCCAUCAAGGAGCUUCACGAUGUUGGCUUGAGGGUGGUUGUGGCCGGUGCGCAAGUUGGUGAUCUCGCUCUUCACUACCUCAAUCGUUACGGAAUCCUCGUCAUCAAGAUUCUCAGCAAGUUCGAGCUCAGGAGAGUCUGCCGUGUGGUCGGUGCCACUCCCUUACCUAGGCUAGGUGCCCCCAUGCCCGACGAGAUGGGUACGAUCGACGUCGUCGAGACUCUCGAGAUCGGAGGAGACCGCGUCACAGUUUUCAGGCAAGAGGAGGAAGCCACGAGGACAGCGACGAUUAUCCUUCGAGGCGCUACGCAAAACCACCUUGACGAUGUCGAGCGAGCGGUAGAUGAUGGUGUGAACGUUGUAAAAGCGAUCACGAAGGAUCCCCGGUUGGUGCCCGGAGCUGGCGCAACAGAGAUUCAGCUCGCCUCCAGGAUCACGGCUAUCGGCGAGAAGACUCCCAACCUUCCCCAGUAUGCUAUCAAGAAGUACGGAGAGGCCUUUGAAGUUAUUCCUCGUACUCUGGCUGAAAGUGCCGGUCUUGAUGCUACCGAGGUGCUCAGCCGACUGUAUGCUGCGCAUCACAACCAAGAAGACUGGGAUACUGGAGUCGAUAUUGAGAACGAGAAUCGCACUGGCACUCUAGACACCGAGAAGGAAGGCAUCCUUGACCUUCUCAUUUCGAAGCAGUGGGCCAUCAAGCUCGCUUCCGAGGCCGCGCGGACUGUGCUGUCGGUUGACCAAAUCAUUGUGGCCAGGCAAGCUGGUGGACCGAAGCCACCUGGUCCUAACCCUAACUGGGACGAGGAUUAA